AUGGACGCCGGAUAUUUUCGCGGUGCAAGCUCAGAACAAGAUGGCAGAUUUUCGAACAAAGAGAAGAAACUUCUCAAAACGAUGAAGUUCGAGAAUCAGCUCGAUCGAAAGAUUGACAUGAGCCGCGUGAAUCUCGACGUUAUCAAACCGUGGAUCACAAUGCGCAUCAACGAGAUCUUGGAAAUGGAGGAUGAUGUUGUGGUGGAGUACAUUUUGUCGCAGUUAGAGCUCAAAGACAUCAAUCCAAAGCUUCUUCAAAUUAACGUCACAGGAUUUUUGAACGCUCGCCGAGCUCGCCAAUUUGUUGGAGAGCUUUGGAAUCUUUUCAUUGAAGCAAACGAAUCCGAGGAUGGAAUUCCAAAAUCGCUGGUGGAGAAAAAGAUGAAUGAGAUGAAAAUCACGGAGCCUGUCAAAAGUGAGCCUCAGCCAGAGGACAAUGACUGGACCAAUAGAUACAAGACAUUGUCCGGUGGUCGAUAUUUGGGCCCUGUGAAGGAGAAGGAAGUGCGAGAUGACAGAAUUCAAGGAAAAUUGAGAAGCCCGAGAGCUGGCUCGCCGCCGCGUCGCAGAUCUCCCGGCAACCGCAAUCGUUCGCCAAGGCGCGAUGAUCGCAGAGACGAUCGACGGGAUGACAGACGACGCGACGAUCGUGAUCGUGACAGAAAACGCGAAGUUGACGAGAAGGAGCGUGAAGAGGAGACGAAGAGACGUGAGAUUGAAAGAAUGAAGCGUCAUCAGGAGGAAAGGGAGAAGGAAAAGAGUCGUGACUCUGACAGAGAGAAGAGAAGAAGAAGCCGCUCGGGCUCUCGUAAGCGUUCCAGCUCGCCAGCUCGACGUCGUUCUCGUUCGCCAGCCAGACGUCGUUCAAGAUCGCCAUUGGUGAGACGACGCUCUAGAACGCCGCCUCGUCGACGCUCAAGAUCUCCGAGAUCUUCUGGAAGACGUCGUUCGAGAAGCCCGAUUCGAAGACGCGAGAGAAGCCCGCCGCGUCGCAGAUUCACUGAGGAGGAACCGAAAAGAAGAAGAAGAGAUUCUGAUAGCUCUGACGAUGAUGAGCCGCCGAAGAAGCGCGAGAAAUCGUCGUCGGAAAGCGAGGAUUCGGAUCGCGAGGAGCGUCGUCGAAGAAGGCGUGAGAAGAAGGAGAAGAAGUCGAAGAAGCAUAAGAAGGAUCGCAAGAAGAAGCACCGAAAGCGAUCGCCGUCUCCAACCGAGUCGGAAAGCUCGGCAACCGACUCAGACUAA